AUGAUGUCAUGUUUCAUUUAAGGCUCUUAGUGAUGCUGACGCCUGUGGUCUGCACACUACGGGGAAGAAGGCAGGGAGAAAGUUGCAAAUCAGGUUUUUGUAAAGCCUUUGUGUGUUGGGUUUUGAGAGAUAAAAGCUGACUCAUGCAAUAUUUCUACGGAAGGAGCUGCACAGACUAGUGCAGCCUUAUUUUACCUGACUGAGCUCCCAGUGAGGUCACUGUAUCAACUGUAUCAAGGCAGAAGAUGUGGCUUAGCCUGGGUAGAAGACAGGUAGGUGCUAAUGUGAAUGUGCCAGAAGGAUGCCCGGACAAGCUUGUUCCUUCCCUCUCGGAGCAGCCGGAGACGGGCCACUACGAUGUGCACCAGUUGCGUCUUGAAGUGCCAGCAGCUGUAGCAGAAGUUCCAGACCCCAGGACCACAGCCAGGCGCGCCUCCUCCCCAGAACUGGCGACCAUGGAGCUCUCUGACAGCGACCGCCCCGUCAGCUUUGGCUCCACGUCGUCCUCGGCCUCUUCCCGGGACAGCCACGGUUCCUUCGGCAGCAGAAUGACCUUAGUUUCAAACAGCCACCUGGGGUUGUUUCACCAGGAUAAGGAAGCCGGGGCCAUAAAACUGGAGCUGAUUCCAGCCAGGCCGUUUUCCAGCAGCGAGCUGCAGAGGGACAGCCCAGGCGUGCAACAGAGCACGCACGAGGGCAGCGAAAGGCAGCCCCGGGCCCAGCGGAGAGGGGAGGCGAGCGGGGCGACCAGAACAGGUGCGGAAUCGGCCACCAGCCCCAAGCUCCUCUACGUGGAUCGAGUCGUUCAGGAAAUUCUGGAGACCGAAAGGACUUACGUGCAAGAUUUAAAAAGCAUCGUAGAGGAUUACCUUGACUGCAUCAGGGACCAAACAAAACUUCCUCUGGGGACAGAAGAAAGAUCAGCCCUUUUUGGAAACAUAGAGGAUAUCUACCACUUUAAUAGUGAACUUCUGCAAGAUUUGGAAAACUGUGAAAAUGAUCCUGUGGCCAUAGCAGAAUGUUUCGUGUCCAAGAGUGAAGAGUUCCACAUUUACACCCAGUAUUGCACUAACUACCCGAGAUCAGUGGCUGUGCUCACAGAGUGCAUGAGGAACAAGAUGCUGGCCAAAUUCUUCAGGGAACGUCAGGAAACUUUGAAACACUCUCUGCCUCUGGGCUCCUAUCUCUUAAAACCAGUUCAGCGGAUUCUCAAGUAUCAUCUCCUUCUGCAUGAAAUAGAAAAUCACCUUGACAAGGACACAGAAGGCUAUGACGUGGUGCUUGAUGCCAUAGACACGAUGCAGCGAGUAGCCUGGCACAUCAACGAUAUGAAACGGAAACACGAGCACGCUGUCCGGUUACAGGAGAUACAGAGUUUGCUCACUAACUGGAAGGGACCAGACCUGACCAGCUAUGGGGAACUGGUACUCGAGGGAACCUUCCGCCUCCAGCGGGCCAAGAAUGAGCGGACCCUCUUCCUCUUUGACAAGCUGCUUCUCAUCACCAAGAAGAGAGACGACACGUUUACAUACAAAGCUCACAUCCUGUGUGGCAACCUCAUGCUUGUGGAAGUGAUACCCAAGGAGCCGCUCAGCUUCAGCAUCUUCCAUUAUAAGAAUCCUAAGCUGCAGCACACGGUUCAGGCCAAAUCCCAGCAAGAUAAACGCCUGUGGGUUCUGCACCUGAAGAGACUGAUCCUGGAGAAUCAUGCGGCAAAGAUUCCGGCUAAGGCCAAGCAAGCAAUACUUGAAAUGGAUGCCAUUCAUUAUCCGGGCUUCUGUUACAGUCCUGAUGGAGAGAUGAAAACAUUUUGUGGUUCCAGAGAUGGUUCUGCCCCGUAUCGGCUGAGAAGAAAAUCUGAACCUUCCUCAAGAUCACAUAAAGUUUUGAAGACCAGUGAAACAGCACAAGACAUCCAAAAGGUUUCCAGAGAGGAAGGAUCUCCCCAGCUGACUUCAGCAGGGCCAUCUCCCGCCCAGAGGAGCAGUCAGCCAAGUGGGUCUGCCAUUAUCAGCGUGCUUCGCGGGGGUGGGGCCGUCAGAAACAUCUGGACGGACCACCAGAUCAGGCAAGCCUUGUUUCCCAGUCGACGGUCCCCACAGGAGAAUGAGGAUGAUGAAGAUGAUUAUCAGAUGUUCGUGCCAUCCUUUUCCUCUUCAGAUUUGAACUCGACCAGACUGUGCGAAGACAGCACUUCGAGUCGCCCUUGCAGUUGGCAUAUGGGACAGAUUGAGUCCACGGAGACUGCCAGCUCUGGACGCAGGGUUGUUAGGCGGGCCAGCAGUGCUGGCGAGAGCAACACAUGCCCCCCUGAAAUAAGAAUUAGGGACAGUGAUGGCUCUCAGUACAGCCCCCGGAGGGAACUGCAGAGUGACCCUAAAACAGAAGGGCAGGAUGGAAUGACUCCCUUUGGGUCUUCUAUAGAGUUGACUAUUGAUGAUAUAGACCAUGUCUAUGAUAACAUAAGUUAUGAGGACUUAAAACUAAUGGUUGCUAAACGGGAAGAGGCUGAAUCCACUCCCCUCAAAUCAGCCAGGGACUCUGUUCGCCCCAAGAGCACCCCGGACCUCGCCUUCUCAAAGAGGCAAGUUGGCCAUGAGAAGAGCUCUCUGCACACAAAGAGAGAUGGCGCUCUAACAGGUCAAGAGAUGUCGAACCAAAGCACCCCUGAGCUGCAGGUGGUUGAGGAAAACAUCUAUGAUACCAUCAGGCUCCCAGACCCACCCUCACUGGAUUUCAAAUGCAGCAGCCUAAAGCGUUCCAAGAGGAGCACCUUCUUGGGUCUGGAAGCCGACUUUGCGUGCUGUGACAGUCUGAGGCCCUUUGUCUCCCAGGAUAGCCUCCAGUUCAGCGAGGACGAGACACCUUACCCCCAGGGACCCUCUGAUCAUGAUUAUUUGAGUUUGCUGUAUAACUCUUCCAGCUGUAACUUGUCUGUGGCGGAUAAGUCUAUAUCUGAUAAACUGUCUGAAGAAGUAGACGAAAUCUGGAAUGACCUGGAAAAUUACAUCAAGAAAAAUGAAGACAAAGCCAGGGACCGGCUCCUUGCAGCAUUUCCGGUUACCAAAGAUGAUGUGCAAGAUAGGCUGCAUGCCGAGAGCACGCCUAAGCUAAGCAGAGAGGCAGGGCAUUCCGUGUCCAUGCUCUCACUUCCCCAGAGCCAUGCUUUCCCCUCGCCACUGAAAGACAGGCCUGGCCGAGCUAGCCGGGCGCACUGCCCGUUUGAAGAUGACCUGAUUUCUAAAGAAGGCUCCUUUAUGAGUCUGAACCGGCUCUCUCUGGCCAGUGAAAUACCUCCCAUGGAAAACCCCUACGACUUGGCCCACGGCAGCCUGUCCCAAACAGACCUGGACAACCCUGACCCUGGAAUGGAAGCCACAGAUAAGACAAAAAGCAGGGUUUUCAUGAUGGCGAGGCAGUACAGCCAGAAGAUCAAGAAGGCAAAUCAACUUUUAAGAGUGAAAAGCCCAGAGUUGGAGCAGCCCCCGGCCAGCCAGCAGCAUAAAUCCGCGCACAAGGAUCUGGCAGCCAUCUUGGAAGAUAAGAAGCAAGGAGGGGCGGCCAUCGGUGCCAGGAUUGCUGAGUAUUCCCAACUAUAUGACCAGAUCGUAUUCAGAGAGACUCCCGCUAAGACUCAGAAGGAUGACUGGGCCAGCCCUCAAGAAUCUUCCAUCCUCAGGUCUACAUCACCUUCCCAGGCCCAGUGUGGUAGCGAGGAUUGGCUUCUGCAUUCAACCUAUAGUAACGGAGAGUUAGCAGAUUUCUGUCUCCGACCAGAGCAAGACUUGAAGUCCAAAUAUCCCACUUUCGAGAUCAAUACAAAAAGUAGUCCAAGACAGUUGUCCACAGCUUGCUCCGUGCCUUCUCUUCAAACCUCCGACCCUCUGCUGGGCUCCAUACAGAGACACAGUGUGGUGGUCAGCCAGCCCCACAAAGAGAACUCACGUCAGGGCCAUCUUUACAACUCUUUGGGUCGGAAAGGAAUCAGCGCUAAGUCUCAGCCUUAUAACAGGUCCCAGUCAUCUUCCUCAAUCUUAAUAAACAAGUCAGUGGACUCCAUCAACUACCCUAGUGAAACGGAAAAGAAACAGCUGCUGUCUUUACACAAAAGCUCAAGGUGCGAGAGUCACCAGGAUGUGCUGCCAGGUAUUACUGACUCGUGUCAACAGGGCACCGAAAAACGCUCAGAUCUCACACUCCAAGACUCACAGAAAGUUCUGGUAGUGAACAGACAUUCACCUUUAAAUGCCCAAAUAGCCACACAGAACUAUUUUUCCAAUUUCAAAGAGACUGAAGGAGAUGAAGAUGACUAUGUGGAAAUAAAGUCAGAGGAAGAUGAGUCAGAGCUAGAGUCUUCUCACAAUCGUAGAAGGAAAUCUGACCCAAAGAUUACGGAUGCUGACUUUUCUGAGGUCUGCAGCAACAAGACGUCGUGCUCUUUGAGUAGUCCGUGUACUCCAAAAAAGUCAGUGAGCGGCAAACUGGGGAUUUCGCCAUAUCUGACAUCGUGUGAUGAUUCUGAUAAACUGAAUGACUAUCUCUGGAGGGGGCCUUCUCCCAAUCAGCAAAAUAUUGUCCAGUCUCUAAGGGAAAAAUUUCAAUGUCUUAGUUCAAGCAGCUUUGCCUAAGGUUCUUAGUAGCAGCUGCCUGAAUUAAUUUCUUAUUCUGCUCAUAAAUUACAAAUACUGAGAGGUGUUUUAUCUGUACCAAAUUAAAACAAUUUUGUAACAACCAGAGGUGUAAAAUAUACUUUCUUUUAACAGCACAACUUUUUGAAAUGGCUGAGGAUCCAGCCAGGAUUGUACUGUAGCAAAUAUCAGCAUCUAACAGUGUAUUUUCUGAUACUGAUUGUCUUCAUGUUUCAUGUAAGUCAAUCUUACUCGAAAAUUUGUAGGCUUUUUUUUUUUAACACGUGGCCAUGAGAUUUUUGCCCCCAUAUCCUGACAAUUGUGCCCAGACUUUAAGAAAUGCAAUAAUCCUCUCGUGUUAUCCAGAAGCCACGUCUAAAGGAUGAUGUUUAUAUCUGACAUUUUUGUUACAUUUGUGGCAAGACCCUAGAAUAAUUGAAGCUAGAGAUCUCUAAUUGGAGUAUAAUCUAUGGUGUCCAUUUUAGGGUUUCUAGGCUCGUAUUCCUACAUCAGUUCAUUAUAAUGCAGAAAUUGUGUAACUAUUGGAAAUGAGAAUUUAGCAAGACCAGUUUUCUCUAGCAAAAAUCCUUAACUGUAUUCCUGGACAAGGCCUGGAGAAUGUGCUGCUUUUCAUGUUUAUUUUUUGAUGUCUGGGGUAAAAUGAAUGAUUCCUUUAAUGGCUUAAAACCAAGCGCAAGAAAGAACACAUUGACUUAUUAGAAAAGACGCGUCGACAUCUGAGAACAACUUGAUUAUCUCAUCAUAUUACAAUUGAAAGAGGGGGGAAAUAGAGCCCUUCAUACUAUUUUUUGUGCCUGUCUAAUCAACACGAAGUAAACCAUAAGCUAAAAUAAAACAAAGCACUUUAAAGUUACCCUGUGCAGAGCAGCUUUGUAUAUGGACUUGCGUGAGUUUUAUACUCAGCCAAAUGACCUGAUCCUAACCUUGAAGAUUUCGUUGACUGCAGUGAAAUUUAUUUUCUAAUCCAGACAAAGCAUGGGGGCCCUUUUUUCAUUGUUGUGAGGCAUAUAAAAAAACAGAAUCUUUGGUUACCAAGUUCUAACUAAUAACAUCUUUUAUGUUGUAAUUAUGGUCUUUAAAUAGCGGUUCAUUGUGAUACUACAUACUAAUAUAACUCUUUAUGGAAGGAAACAGAAAAACAAAAAUAAGACCUUAUGAGUAAAAAGCAAAAUCAAAGAAGCUAAAGAGAAAAAUGAAGGCAGAUUUGUUGCUACUUUAUAAAAAUAUUCUAUUUUAUUGAAGACUCUCGUCAAUGCAACAAGAAUGUUUUCUCAAACAGUGGCCUUUGUAUUCUCAUUUUAAGCCAUUUUGCAUUCUGUGGCUCCUCCGCCAGCCUCUCAGUUUUCGUUUUAAAAGAUACGAUAAUAUGUGUAGGGAAAGGGGAUCUGGGCUCUUCAUUUAAAGUUGAGCGAUGAUGUUGAUUUGAAUCGGUGACAUCUUAAACCAUCAUUCAUUUCCUCUUUUUAAUUCCUAUGCCUCGUUUUCUUAACUGUAAAACAUAAAAUGUGACCAUCCUUAUGUUACACCCAGGUACCUAAGGCAUUCUUUUUUUUUUUUUUUCAAUAACCAAAAAUUACCCCAGUUUCUUGCUGUUCCAUACUCUUCUUCUUGUAGCUUAUGAAACAAAGUCCAUAUUGACUAGCAUGGUUCUGCACACAUUCCUCUUUCAUUGUCUUUCUUUAAAAAUGAUAGGAGUUUUCGAGGUAAGCAGCAUCAGAAAAGAGAAGCAUGGUAAGAAAGCAUAUUCUUAGACUUACAAGAGGUAUUUGUAAGUGCUUUUACAAAACAAAGUUACCUGCCUCUCGUCCCAGGAAUGCUGUUUCCCGUUUUUGCUUUUUAGUUUGUAUGACCCAAAUACUGUAUUAUCCAUAUUACUGUGGGGUCUUCCUCUCAGAAAUUAUUAAUUCUUCACACCGGUGUCUUGUUGCCUGACCUUGAUGUCACCUAUAGGACUACACCCCGCUGCACGAAGGUGGAUGUCUUACUGUAUAAAAUGUCUCGGUGGUUGUCUGUAGGUUCCAGGACAAAUCUGUACUUUUAUAGAACACUUCUGUCAGCCAGGAUGCAGAUUUUGAGAGCUGUGUGUAUAUACAUAAUCAUGUUCUUAUUUUUCCUCAAAGUUAUCAAUUAAGUGCUUUUGUUUAAAAUAGUUUUUUUUUGGAAAUGGGAUAGGGAUGUAUAUAAUUGGGGAAAAAAGUUAUAUGUACUUAAAAGUAUGUCAAGUUCUUAUUAGGUCUCUGUACUGAAGGUUCAGUUUUUUUUAUAAGUUCACUUUUCACGUACUCUAUUCUUCGUGCAAAAAAAAAAUGCAUCUAGGAAAACAUAGUUUAAAUACUGUAUAUAAGAUAAUGAAAGUUAGUAAUGCUCAUUAUUUAAUAAAGUUUGUAAAGUACAAAGUAAAUUACAGUGUGAAUUU